AUGGCUUCCAUCAGCAAAACACUUCUGUUACCGGGACGAAAGUGGCCAUCGCUGGGUCACGGGUCCGCCCUGCGCGUUUUCUCAGCUAACCGUCGCCAGUACUCCUCGGUAGGCUCGGCGAUGGAUUCGCCAUCAGAACAUCCGCUGGUUGAGCUUCCUGGGUUAGGAAAGUUACGUGGUUCAACAACGCGUGGUGCGUGGACCGGUGUAGGAAUCUAUCAGUUCCUGAACGUUCGUUACGCCGAACCAGCGACCGGUGUGCGUCGCUUUAAACCUCCCGUUCCGGUGGAACCGUGGGACGGUGUAUUGGACGUAUCGAAGCCCAAACUAGGCGCUCCAGUGUACAAUCGCUUGAAGGAGCUGACCGAGGAGCAACGGGCGGAGAACCUCGAGGAUUGCAUCAAUCUCAGUGUCUAUACGAAAGAUCUGAACGGUCGGAAACCGGUCAUCGUGUACGUGCAUGGUGGUCAAUUCUACGAUGGUGCCAUUUCGGACUAUCCACCGAACUACAUCAUGGAGAAGGACGUGGUGCUCGUGGUGCCCCAGUAUCGCCUCGGGGCGCUCGGUUUUCUAUGCUCGAAUACGAAGGAAAUCCCGGGCAAUGCGGGCCUUCUGGAUAUUGUGCUAGCGUUCGAGUGGGUCCAGAAGUACAUUGCACAUUUCGGUGGUGAUCCGACGCAAGUGACUGCGAUGGCACAAUCCUCCGGAACGGCCUUAGUGACAAGUAUAACCUACAGUCCGCUCAUCGAUACGGAGCGCCUGUUCGGGAAGUGUAUCCUACAUUCCGGAACCUGCCAUGCCACGUGGGCAUGGGAUCGCACACCGGAGCACAAUUGUCGCGAUAUAGCCGGUUUCGCUGGAUUCGAUCGUAAGGCCCCACUGGCCGAUAUCGAGCGGUUUCUUAUGGAACUAGACCUUUUCAGCCUGAUGAAAGCGUUCACCCAGCAUUACCGCCUACGAACACCGAACGGAACUAAUACGAUCGGUGGUGCCCGCCUGGUGUUCCACGAUCCAAAUGGGCUUUUCCCAGAGUUUCCGUAUCGGGUUAUGCGAAAAGGUGGUGGGCGUAAGAAUAUGCCGCUACUGAUCGGCACCAUGCGUCACGAUGGAACGUUCGCAUUCCUGGAGUUGUUCAACAUCCUGCUGUACAAGAAGCUGAUUGGUGUUCCUCCUAUUCCCAUCCAUCGAUUGCUGGACGAAGUGAACCAGGUACUCGGAGUCGACGAUCCUACCUGUAUGGUCCGUACGCUCGCCAUGGCCAAGUUCUUCACCAAGGAGCAACUUACAUCCGGCAAUUUGCUUCAGAUGCUGCCGGAAUUCUGUGAUCUCACGGCAGACAUCUUGUUUAAGGGUCCGGUAUUCCAAAUGGCACAAACCAAUGCCAUGUACCAACCGGAACAGACCUAUCUGUACAGUUUCGAUUAUGCCGGUGAACAUACGCGCUUCGGAUACGGUGGAGACACUUCGGCCUUACCGUUCGAUGGCGGGGUGCACCACUCGAACGAUCUGAUUUACCUGUUUCCCUAUCCACCGACGGCGGCAAAUUUGAACGAGCAAGACACGAUCAUUGCCAAGCGAAUGGUGGACCUAUGGACAUCGUUUGCCAUCAAUGGUAAACCGGAGGCCGAAGGGGUACCAACGUGGCCAGCAUUUACCAAUUCCGUUGGACCGUAUCUUAAGAUCGAUAAGAAGUUUACGGUCGGAAUGGAUUUCCGGGAUGAACUCACAGCUGCCAUCCAGGAUCCUUCUCAGGUGCAAAAGAAACCAUCCAAACUGUAG